AUGCUGGAUAAAAAGCCUUUAGGAUACCGAUGGCGGUCGUCUCGACUUCUGGUGGUUUCCUCAAUUACUGUCGCUUUAUUCGCAGAAACCUUUCUCUACGGGUUCCUCACGCCGAUUCUGAGCUAUAUGCUUGAAGAACGUUUACAUAUCGACCCAUCUCUAACUCAGAGCUAUACUACCGCAUUACUCACCGCACAUGGAUUCUUCGGUCUAGUUUCUGCGCCGAUAAUCGCGCAUCUCGCCGAGAAGACACCGAGCCAAAAGACACCGCUCUUGAUUGCUCUGGCAGGAUGUUUCGUGGGUACUCUUAUGAUUGCGCUCACUACUUCAGUGUGGGCUCUCUUCCUUGGUCGCAGCUUGCAAAGUAUAGCCGGGGCCGGCACUUGGGUAGUUGGAUUUUCCCUAUUAGCUAAUAAUGUGGACAAGGAACAUCUUGGGAAGUCAAUAGGCCUCGCAAUGGCAUUUGUCACUGCGGGAAUGGUCGGAGGACCAACCGUGAGUGGUACACUGCUUCAGCUGUUUGGAUACUGGGCCGCAUGGUCACUCCCCAUGGUUGUGCUUGUCUUGGAUAUUAUUGCGCGACUGGUUAUGAUUGAACCUCAUCCUACGCAUUCGUCCGAUACUUCAGGCAAACCAAGCGGUGCCCCAUCCUCCGAGAACACGGUGACAUCGGAAGAAACAACUGCUUUGCUAUCCGAAACGCGCGACAAUGGCAAGACAACUCAUUGUGAAUUGGAGGGCAAACAAGGAACAAAGCAAGAUUAUUACAAGAUUAUGCUCACCGACGCACGAGUUCUGACUGCAUUGUCCAAUGUUGUGGUUGUCUCUUCUCUUAUCGCCGGAAUCAACAAUACCCUUCCUGUUCACCUGAAAGACGCAUUUGGCUGGAAAAGCUUGCUUAUAAGUAUGAUGUUUUUCUGCUUGCAGGUUCCAAAUAUCGCUUUAAGUGGACCAGCUGGAUGGCUUCGUGACCGAGCCGGUUUGCGGGGACCUACCACCCUGGGCUGGAGUGCUCUGGUCCCUCUGAUAUUGCUUCUGGGUGUCCCUGGGGACCCCCAUUUCCCUUGGGCCAGUGGUAACGCAGCUGGUAAAUCUAUCUUUACUAGCUCGUUGAUUGCCUUGGGUACUGUUUUACCCCUUGUGCGUGGCGUGGGAGCUGUGCAAUUGGCAUACGUCGUCAAGGACAUGGAAGCAAAAGAUCCGCAUAUGUUUGAGGCCAAUAGAAGCAACUUGCGGGUCUUUUCUAUGACUGAAGUUGGAUAUAGCGUCGGAAUGAUGGUUGGGCCUCUGUUGAGCGGCUCACUGGUCGAAGGAGUCGGUUUCUUCUUCAUGGCAGUAGCACUAGCUGCCAUUUGCCUUGUUCAAGCUUGCGUUUCGUGGCGCUGGCUCGACGCUAAGUCUCCGACACAAGUUUCUGACCAUUCUGCAUAA